UUUGGGGAGCACCAUCCUUAGAUUGGAACGGUUGAAGUCCACAGCAACAAUAAAGGCACCAUCAGGAUGUGCUGUUUGGAGUGUGCUAAUAGCAGCAUUCAGUUCUUUCAAUGCUACUGUAAUGUUAGCGUCCGGGGGUAUGUAGACAGCGGCUAUAACCGAAGAUGUGAAUAACCUCGGCAGAAAUUGGGAUGGGACUAACAGGCUUCGGCGUGUUUUUCCUCUUCUUCGGUAUGAUCCUGUUUUUCGACAAAGCCUUGCUGGCUAUUGGAAACAUCCUCUUUGUGGCCGGGCUGGCCUUUGUCAUCGGACUGGAGAGGACCUUCCGUUUCUUCUUCCAGAAGCACAAGAUGAAAGCCACCAGUUUCUUCCUUGGAGGAGUGUUUGUGGUGCUGAUUGGCUGGCCUAUCAUUGGAGUAGUAUUGGAAAUCUAUGGCUUUUUCCUCUUAUUCAGGGGGUUCUUUCCCGUGGUAGUAGGCUUCAUCAGGAGAAUACCUGUCCUUGGUUCAAUUCUAAACCUGCCUUUCAUCAGUGGAUUUGUGGACAAAGUGGGCGAGAGCAACACCAUGGUAUAACGGUGAUUUUGUAUCUGGAGACGUCUUUUUCAAUACACUACGUUUAUUACGCAACACAAUCACCCAUUGGUUAAUGGCUGAUUCUCCACAGUUAAGGCUAUAAAUUUAAGAUUAUUUACCCUCUGGCAGGCAAAAGAUUGACUUGUCCACUCUGCCAAUCAAAGGGUCACCUGACCCCAGUACAGCAAGAGACUAAGAGAUCUAGUUACCAGGGAAUGUGGACUAUAUUACAGAUGUGGUUGAUCUCUCCACCAUUGACUUCAACUUGCACAAACAAAAGGAGGACUACCCAAUUGCUCUCUGGACCUUUUUCACCCAAAAUGGCUCUCUUACUGCGGGGAAUGUACAAAAAAACACUCGUGACUGCUCAGAAUGGAAGAGAAGUCGACAGAGUGCUUAUCGUAAUGUAAAAUUAUGGUGCCUGUGCUUUAAUAUUAUUUUAAAAAAAAAAAAGCUUUCAAGUCCAGUGUUGUUUAUCUCUUUGCAUUUCCUGUGUGUCGCUUUUCUUUUAUCUGGUCACAGUUAUGUGAGAACCAGAUGUGGGAGUUUUACCGUGUUCCAGCUGUUAACUGUUAUUUCUUUGUAUGACUGGCUUAUUUGGGUUACGUCUGUUAUAUAUAUUUUUAGCCAACAGUGAUUGACCUUUCCCAUCAUAUGGGUUUUAAAGUGGGGAACCAAUCUAAUCUGGGAAUUUAGAUAUGUUACUCCCAUGGUUCAGGAAAGUGGCCCUCAACCACAUAUCAUCAAGGGCCAUGUUUAUGCAGGGUUUCAAACUCCAAUGGGUAAGAAAGUGGACCUGUCAUUGAGUUCAGCAGGUGAAGUGUUUAGUUUGAUUGAAAAUCUUCAUCCACUUGGCCCUCGAUGGCACAUGUUUGGGCACCACCGCUCCGGGGUCUGUAGUUUUGAACACAAACGAACUCACACCGGUUUGGUUGUCAAAUUCAGAGCUCCAGAGAAACCAGUGGGAGACUGAUUUAUUUUUGACCUGCGUGGUUUUGUGUCCAAAGGACAUUUAUACUACAAUAUUACCAGAUUCUGAACCAGAAAAUUCACCCUUAUCCCAAGACAAUCCCUCAAAGUGCUUCUGUGGGCACCUUGUUUUCUGAUUUGUUUACUAUAGGAAAACAUGUUUGAAGAAUUAACAGGCCCAAAUCUUACAGUAUUUCUUUUUUUUCUACAUUGCCAAAGUUGUGAUAAUCCUUGGAUUGUCAGAAAUCAUUGGGAUAACAUAUUCAGAUUCUUAAAUUGUUUGGUUUUACCUUUCAGAGCAAAGAAUAUUGAAUGGCUGUAUGUGAGAUGACUGUUUUGCUGUAUGACACUUUUGUAAAUAUACUUAGAAUU